AUGUCCAUCAACUUCUCGCAAAGAUCGCCGCUUCCAAAGAUCAAGAACCUGGUUCUGGGCGAAACAGUUGGACAGGGUUCAUUCGCAUUCGUUAAGGCCGCCUGCCUGGAGUCAAAUCCAGAAACUGUAGUAGCAGUCAAAUUCGUGCAUCUUCCUACUUGCGUUAAACAUGGUCUGAGCGAAAAAGAUGCAAUACAAGAAGUUGUCAUCCAAUCGAAGUGCAGCGAUCACUUGAACAUCUUGAAGGUUAUAGAUUGCAAUGUGACCAAAAACUUUCUCUGGAUUGCCAUGGAGAUGGCCGGUGGAGGCGACUUGUUUGAUAAGAUUGAGCCAGAUGUGGGCGUGGAUGCUGAGGUCGCCCAAUUUUAUUUCAAGCAAUUAAUUAGCGCUGUGACCUAUCUGCAUGAAAAAUGCGGCAUCGCCCACAGGGACAUUAAGCCAGAAAAUAUUCUGCUAGACAGUGAUGGAAACUUAAAGCUUGCAGACUUCGGUCUAGCUUCCCAAUUCAGGCGCAAAGACGGCACGAAGAGAUUGUCGUCGGACACGCGAGGCAGUCUCCCUUAUAUGGCGCCAGAAAUAUUACAUUCCCGGAACUACCAUGCUGAUCUUACAGAUAUAUGGUCCUGUGGGGUACUAGUGUUUGUUUUGUUGACUGGCGAAACUCCGUGGGAACAACCAAGCCGUGACGACGACCAAUUUCGUGAAUUUUCAGAAAAUUGUGGAAACAUGGUUAGCGGGCCAUGGAACAAGAUCAGCCUAACUCAACUAAAUUUAGUCCGCAAGAUGCUUCAGCCUGACCCACGAAAAAGGGUUACGUUAAGUGAACUUCGCACUCAUGUGUGGUACACUAGUCUCGUAUCUUUUUCUGAUGAAGGCGGCCGUUGCAAUGAUCCACAAUUGCUAUCUCAGAAGCUUUUGAGUAAACUCCACGUUUCUUUGAGCGAUGAUGCAUACACUCAAUUUAUGAAAGAUGAUUUUUGCUUGAAAAUCCCCACUCAUACGUCGACACAGCCGAUUCAAUCAGAGAUCGCUGACUUGCGCCACGAUAGUUUUUGUGCAUCUGGCCGACUCGCUACUCAGCAUGAGUUUUUCGGGCAGCCUGGUUCCAGACAGGCGUCGAACCCUGAUACUGAAUGGACACAGCAAGUUCAUGUGGACAUGGCCACCCAACAAUUUCAGGUAAACUCAAUUCCAGAAGGAGCUUUCAUAAGCACAUCUGUUUUGACAAAAUUUUAUUCACAUCGAGAAAUGAGUUCAAUUCUUCCAAUGCUGGAGUAUGCCCUCCGGAACUUUAGUAUUCCGGUGAAGACAGGCUCGUACGAAACUUUUCUUGAGCUCAGAGAUUCCCACAAGCUAGAAGAUGUUUUCCCAGUCACUAUCCAAAUUAAAACAAUGGAUAGGAAGGGAUGGUUUCUAUCCGGUAACGUGUCUCUAUCUAACGCUUAUGGGGGUCUCGUCCUAAUUAGCUUCAAUAGGAGAAGCGGGGACCCGCUGGAAUGGAGAAGGCUUUUCAAGAAAGUAAGCCUAGUGUGUCGAGAACUGGUUUACGUGCCAUAA